CUUGUUCUUUUUGUUUUGCAGUUACUUGUAAUGUAUGGACAAUGUUUGAGAUAUCUCAGCAAGGGAAGUUGGUGAUACUAGGUAUAGGUAUUCCUACAACACUUGGUCUACUGUAUUACCUGCUGAAAAGUUCAUCAGAAGAUGAAUACGAUGAAGUAGCUAGUGGGAAAUCUUCGGUGGCAACAGCAACGUCACGACAAACUGUAAUAGAGCUACAGGUUCCCCGUAAAGCUGUCGGAGCAGUGAUUGGUCGACAAGGUGCUACAAUUAAAGAGAUUCAAGAGCAAACAGGGGCUAGAGUGAAUUUCAAAGAAGAUUCAAAGUUUGAAGAUGGAGACAGAACUGUCAUCAUCCGGGGCACACCAGAAUCGGCUCAAUCUGCCGAGUGCCGAAUACGUCACAUCCUGGCCAAUAUGCCUGUAAUGGUACAGUCCGAAAUGGAAGUGCCCAAAUAUGCUCUCGGAAGAAUUAUUGGUAGAGGAGGUGAAAGCAUUCGCCACAUGUCACGAGCAUCACAGACCAAAAUUCUUAUAGAUAAAACAAGGAGUGGUUCUCAUGACAAACCUCAAAUUAUCACCAUCGUUGGCUCACAAGACCAGAUCAUUGUUGCUAAGAGUCUGAUUCAAGAGAAGCUUGAUGAGGAAGAAGAGUUUAGAGCAAGAUCAGCUGUGUCUGCUGCCAACAGAGAAACUAGACAGAAAGAUUUUAAAAACAACCAAUCAAAUGACAGAAUGACACAUUCUGCAAACAGUAAAGACCCAGUACACACUGAUAAUUGUGAAAGUUACAAUACUGAGACUAUUGAGUGUAAAGACGUGUACACAUACACAGGGUUUCCAAAGGGGAGAGAUUUUGUGGAGGUGUAUGUAUCUGCCAUAGCAACACCUGGUCAUUUCUGGGUACAGGUUAUAGGUGCGAUGGCUUUAGAGUUAGAUAAGCUGUCAGAUACCAUGACUCGAUUCUACAAUAGUGAAGGACAGAAACAACUGUUGCCAUCAAUUGUGAAGGGAGAUAUUGUUGCAGCGCCGUUUGAAAAUGACCGGACCUGGUACAGAGCUAAAGUGAUGGACAUAAAAGAAUAUGAGCUGGAUUUAUUCUACGUAGAUUAUGGAGACAGUGCCUAUAUGGAUUCCUCCCUAGUGAAGUCGUUAUGUCCAGAGUAUUUGACCUUACCAUUCCAGGCCAUUGAAUGCAGGUUAGCAGGUGUCAAACCUAAUGGAGAAUGGACAGAAGAGGCUUUUAACAAGUUUGAGGAAUUAACAUAUUGUGCUAAAUGGAAGAGAUUGAUUGCCAAAGCUGAGUGUUAUACAGGCUCCAUUCCUCAUUUAACACUGAUUGAUACCAAUGGAAAUACGGAUAUCAAUAUAAAUGAUGAGAUGAUAAGAUGUGGAUAUGCAGUGACUGAUUCCUGAAUCAUCAUUUGAGCCGCGCCAUGACAAAACCAACAUAGUGGGUUUGCUACCAGCAUGCAUCCGCGCAGUCUGAUCAGGAGCCAUGCUGUUCGCUAUCAGUUUCUCUAC